AAUAAGUGCAACCAUGGGACAAUUUUGCAUGUGAGUGUCCAGUGUCUCACACCAAGAGGACAAUUAAGGGUUCAAGAAUCAAGAGAGAGAUACCAAACAAAGGCUCUGAAUGCGGACAAUGAUGAUGCAACUAUUGAGUCUAAUGGAUCUAAUCAUUCAUAUGUACAGAAUGUUGGAUCUCCCUCCAUUGGAGAUUUGGUCUCUGCCUCUGCUCCUCCAGAAGUUGAGAGUAGGGCAACAAGUUACUCUGGACCUGGUUCACAUGGCAGUUAUAACUCAGCCGAGGGGUCCAUAGGAAGGGGAGGCAUCUCUCAAAAUAACUCUUUGAGAGAUGAUGGACCCAGCCGAAUUGGAAAACCUGAUUCAGUCAGUUUCCAGAACAAAAGACAUAGUUGAGGAACUUCGGGCAGAAGCUAUGAUGUGGGAGAUGAAUGCUCGGAAACUGAUGGUUGAUUUGGACAUGUUGAGGACAGAAUUCUCAGAACAGUCUAAAAAUCUGGCAGAUUUAAGAGUGGAGCUUUCAGAUUCAUGUGUGGAACGUGAGACAUUGAGAAGAGAAGUUCAACAAUUGAGGCAGUCAUUGGAGGACCAGAUGGCAAAACAGAAAGCAUUGGAGGAUUCAUCAUCUCAAGGUGAAUUUACUCCAGAAGUAGAGAAGGCUCUUAAAGAUGAGUUGAAGUUUCAGAAAGAAUCCUAUACCAACUUGUGUUUGGAAUUGAAGAGGAACCAGGAAGCGAAUCUUGAGCUUGUUUCUAUUCUCCAUGAGCUUGAAGAGACCAUAGAACAGCAGAAAAUUGAGAUAGAUAGUCUUUCAGCUUUGGAGAACAAAAGGCUUGACGUUGAAAGCGCAGAGAAUACUAUCAACAAAAACCUUGUGGAUCUUGAAAUACAAUAUGAAAGCAAAUUAUCUGCAAAAGAGGGGGAGAUUUUAAAUUUGAAAGCAAAGUUGUCUGAGUCCCUCAAAGAAAGGUGUAACACAGAGAUUGUGUCUCGAAAUGGAGGUGAUGUGGAUCUGAUGAGUGAAAUUGAAGUUUUGAGAGGAAAAGUUCAAGAGCUAGAGAUGGAAUGCAAUGAGUUGGCAGAUGAAAAUCUUGAGCUUUUAUUCGAGCUUAAAAAAGUGAAGAACAAUUCAAGAAGGGGAGCAUGUGUGGAUUUGCAGCCAGAUAUCUCAGAUGCCUUCCAAGCACUCCAUUUAGAAGACAAGCUUGAAGCAGGAGUCAUAGGCGAGGUUAAAAAUGAUGAUCAGAUUUCAAUUCAAGGGCUCCAGAGUUCAAAAGUUGCUCUUGAAAUCAGAAUGGCAGAACUGAAUAAUGAGGUGACUGAUAAAACAUCUCAGAUGGCAGAUCUUGACGCUAAUUUGUUAUCUAAGGAAAAGGAGAUCAGGGUUCUGCAGAAUCGACAGAGUGAGUUGGAAGCAAAGGUAUGCGAGUUUCAGGAAGAAAAAAAUCAACUAGAGGAGCAUAUGGGGGUCAUGUUGAAAGAAAGAGAUAUUAACACUAAAUGCUUGAAUGACUUGCAAAAUGACUUGGGAAUUCUUAGCAGGAGCAUGGACUCCCAUGUUUCUGCCAAUGAAAUUCUCAGAAGAAAAUCGUUGGAGCUUGAAAAUGGAAAACAUGAACUGGAGCGUCACAUGUCAGACCUGGAAAAGGAAAAAGGACAAUUGGCAAUGCAAAUGUCUGUUUUAGAAGCUCAACUAAUGUAUUUGACAAAUGAGAGAGAUUCUGGUCUAUCAGAAUUAGAGAACUCCAGAUCUCACGCCAAAAUGCUUCAAGAGGAGAUUAUGAAGAUAAAGUCUGAGGUGGAUUCUUCAAUAGAAGAUUUGAAACAGAACUUAAAGGUGACACAGUGUCAGUUGUCAGAAUCUCAACAAAAAUGUGAAUAUCUAAGAAGAGCAAAUCUGCAGUUACAAACUACUAUUGAGAAUCUCGCUAAAGAAUGUGAUUCUCUUCAGAAAUUAAAUGGAGAUUUAGGAAAGCAAAAGCAGGAAUUGCAAGUGCAUUGCUCAAUCCUCGUAGAUAGGUUGGGAGAAUCAGACCAAAAAUUUACAGAUUGCUCUGAAAGAGUAGAGCUCUUGGAAAAUAAAUUUGCUUUUGUGCUGGAAGAGAAUGCCUCAAAGGAGAAGAGUCUAAUUUCAGAAUUAGAUGUUCUUGUUGAUGAAAAUAUCAGACAGAACGAGCAUGGUGAAAGCUUGAUGAAUCAGAUUCUCAUGGAGAAGACAGCAGAAAUUCAGAGCCUUCAACAAAAAAUUGAGCAUCUUUGUAUGGAACUUUCAGCUACUCGUAAUGAAAAUGAAAGGAUAGCUUCCAAUGCUACCCUUGAAAUUUCUGCAUUAACUGCUGAUAAAGCCAAACUGCAAUAUGCCUUUGAAGAAGUUCAAUCUGAUGUCAUUUCAACUAAGAAUGAGAUGAAUAUUAUGCAGACAGAUUAUGAACGAAAGCUGCAGGACCUCACAACCCAGUUUUCUGCUUUCAAAAGUGACCAGGAAAUUUGGAUGGCUGACCAUGAAAAGUUGUUGAAGCAGGUGGACGAUUACAAAUCUCGAGAACUAACAGUCAAUAGCACUCUGAAAUCCCUUGAAUUAAAGCUUAACGUCACUGAAUAUGAAAGGCAACAGCUUAUGGAGGAGUCUGAGAAUUUGAAGAUUCAACUGCAUCAGAUAGAAAGAUUUGAGAAUGAAAAUAUGGCUCUUAGAAAUGAGCUCAAAUCAACCAAUUCUGAGAAAGAAACACUGGGAGCAUCUUUAUGCUUGAUUUCUGAAUCAUGUGAGAAUCUGAAGGCAGAGAAAAAAUCACUUGUGGAAAAGAUUUUAACCUUGGAGAAUGCUGUGUCUGAAUUGGAAGACUGCAGAAGGAGUAGAGUAUCCUUAGAAGAAAAGCUUAUGCGGAUGGAGAGUGAUUUGAAGGAAAAGGAAACAAUAUCUGCUCAGGAAGCUGAGAAGAAAAAUGAGCUCAGUCACAUCAAAAGAAUAAACAGGCAUUAUCAACAAACAAUACGAUUACUAGACAAGGAAAAGGAUGAGUUCAAGACAAAAGCCGAAGCCCUUGAAGAAGAAAUGAAACUAAUAAAGGAACAAAAGCAAAAUCUGAAGUCUGAGAUUAAUGGGAAGACAUUACGUGCUCAUGAAGCUCUGGAGAAUUCUGUUGUGCAGAAUCCUGGUCAACAUCGUGGGAAUAGGACAAAGUCAUUCUUCAGAAAUGAUAGAGAAAAGGUGCAGGAUGAACGGGACAUUUCCACUGGCAAGCAUCAGAGCGAGGUGGAAAAUGAAUUUGGACUUCUUGAUGGGAGUGCUCAUGCUGUUGAAGCUGAUUCAUUGUCAAAUAUUGAGUUACAUGAGACUGAACUAAUAAAAGCUGAAGGAGCAAAUAACAUGAUUGAAGAUCAAUCAAACUGGGGUCAAUCCCAAGGCCGGAAUCACAAGGAAGCCCCAAUGGCAGACGGUGACAUAGUGACAAAAGAAAGAUUUGAACGAACAAAAUCAGUGCUAGAGGCUGAGUUGAGAGACCUUCAGGAGCGUUACUUCCAUAUGAGCCUAAAAUUUGCUGAGGUAGAAGCACAACGUGAGGAACUUGUAAUGAAACUGAAGGUAGCUAAGAACCAAAAGGAUGUGACCCUUUAA